CAGUCACUGUUUGGACUACCAGAAUACACAUCGCCCUGCCCUGCCUGGGACCCUGCUCGGAUGUAACACACAACCCUGCCCUGCCUGGGACCCUGCUCGGAUGUAACACACCGCCCUGCCCUGCCCUGCCCAGGACCCUGCUCGGAUGUAACACGUGGCCCACGGCUCAGAACACUCGUCGCCCUGCCCUGCCCUGCCCAGGACCCUGCUCGGAUGUAACACGUGGCCCACGGCUCAGAACACACACCACCCUGCCCGGGACCCUGCUCGGAUGUAACACACGGCCCACAGCUCAGAACACACGCCGCCCUGCCCGGGACCCUGCUGGGAUGUAGCACGCGGCCCGCACCCGACUCGGAGCCAUGGAAUCGACUGUUGAUGACGACGCAAUGGCAGAAUAAAUGAAGGUCAAGUGAGGGGAGCAGAACGAUGCCCAAGGGGGGGUGUUCUAAAACACCACAGCAAGAAGAAUCUCCUCUCAGCAACGACAUGGUGGAGAAACAGACUGGGAAAAAGGAUAAAGAUAAAGUCUCUCUGAGCAAGACCCCGAAGCUGGACCGCAGUGAUGGAGGGAAGGAGGUGAGAGAGCGAGCCACCAAGCGCAAGCUGCCCUUCACCGUGGGGGCCAAUGGGGAGCAGAAGGACUCGGACACAGAGAAGCAGGGUCCUGAGCGGAAGAGGGCUAAGAAGGAGCCGGCCACCCGGAAGGCCGGGCUGCUGUUCGGCAUGGGGCUGUCAGGGAUCCGUGCCGGCUACCCCCUCUCCGAGCGCCAGCAGGUGGCGCUUCUCAUGCAGAUGACCGCUGAGGAGUCCGCCAACAGCCCAGUAGACACGACGCCAAAGCACCCGUCCCAGUCUGCAGUGUGUCAGAAGGGGACGCCCACCUCCGCCUCCAAGACCAAAGACAAAGUGAACAAGAGGAACGAGCGGGGCGAGACCCGCCUGCACAGGGCCGCCAUCCGCGGGGACGCCCGGCGCAUCAGGGAGCUCAUCAGUGAGGGCGCCGACGUUAACGUCAAGGACUUCGCAGGCUGGACGGCGCUGCACGAGGCCUGUAACCGGGGCUACUAUGACGUGGCGAAGCAGCUGCUGGCCGCAGGCGCGGAGGUGAACACCAAGGGCCUAGACGAUGACACGCCUCUGCACGACGCCGCCAACAAUGGGCACUACAAGGUGGUGAAGCUGCUGCUGCGGUACGGCGGGAACCCUCAGCAGAGCAACAGGAAGGGCGAGACGCCGCUGAAGGUCGCCAGCUCCCCGACAAUGGUGAACCUCCUUCUGGGCAAGGGCACAUACACGUCCAGUGAGGAGAGCUCCACCGCAGAGAGCUCGGAAGAAGAAGAUGCCCCGUCGUUUGCACCCUCCAGCUCGGUCGACGGCAAUAACACGGACUCCGAGUUCGAGAAGGGCCUGAAGCACAAGGCCAAGAACCCGGAGCCGCAGAAGACUGUGACCCCCGUCAAGGACGAGUACGAGUUCGAUGAGGACGACGAGCAGGACAGGGUGCCCCCGGUGGACGACAAGCACUUGCUGAAGAAGGACUACAGGAAGGAGACGAGGCCUAACAGCUUUGUCUCCAUACCCAAGAUGGAGGUGAGGAGUUACCCGAAAAACACCACGAUCGCGCCAAAGAGAGCGGCCCAUCGCAUCCUGUCAGACACGUCAGACGAGGAGGGUGCCGGCGUCGCCGGGGGGGCAGGAGAGAAGCUGAGGCUCUCGGCACAUGCCACGCUGCCCAGUAACAAGACGCGGGAGCCCCCCAGCUCCAGGCAGCAGAAGGAGAAGAGCAAAGUGAAAAAGAAGCGAAAGAAAGACACGAAAGGUAAAGAGGUGCGGUUCGGGAAGAGGAGCGACAAGUUCUGUCCCUCGGAGUCGGAGAGCGAGUCCUCGGAGAGCGAGGGCGACGAUGGGGACUCCGUGGGGAGCCCAGGCUGCCUCAAGGAGUCCCCGCUGGUGCUGAAGGACCCUGCCCUGUUCAGCUCCCUGUCUGCCUCCUCCACCUCGUCCCAUGGCAGCUCUGCGGUCCAGAAGCAUAAUGCCAGCCACGCGGACCAGCACGCCAAGCACUGGCGCACGGACAACUGGAAAACUAUCUCCUCCCCAGCCUGGUCAGAGGCUAGUUCCUUGUCAGACUCCACAAGGACGAGACUGACCAGCGAGUCUGAUUGCUCCUCCGAGGGCUCCAGCGUGGAAGCGCUGAAGCCCAUGAGGAAGAAGCAGGAGCCCCGGAAGCGGGGGGUCCUGCAGAGUGCCCUGUCUGAGAGAAAGGGCUCCUUCCACCCUAGCGUGGACGGCGCCAUCCCCAAGCUGGACAAGGAGGGGAAGGUCAUCAAAAAACACAAAACGAAACACAAACACAAAAACAAGGAGAAAGGCCAGUGCUCGGUCCAGGAACUUAAACUGAAAACUUUCACUUACGAGUACGAGGACGCCAAGCAGAAGCCCGAUAAGGCUGUCCUGCUGGACAGUGACGGUGCCGCCGACAGCAAGCUCAAGGUGCCGCGGCACGAGCGAGACCACUUCAGGAGGGAGGAGAAGGUCGGCAAGGGGAAGGCCGAGGACAGAGAGUGGCUUUUUAAAGACGAGCUGCUGAAGGUCUCCAAAGAUGAAAAGGCGCUGAAGAGACUCCGAGACGUGAGCAAGGACCUUGGCAGGCCCUCCCGCGAAGAGAGAGAGCGGCCGCCCAAGGCGGACAAGGACAGGCCCGCCAAAGAGAGGUCUCCGCGGGAGGAGAAGCUGCGGCUGUGCCGAGAGGGUCGGAAGAGGAAGUCAAAAGACCGGCCCUCUAAGUCGGAGAAGAAGAGCGAUGGCAAAGAGGACAGGGUUCUGAAGGAGAAGGAGAAGGACUUCAAGGACGAGAAAGAGAAAGCCAAGAAGGAGAAGCUGUACAGGGAAGACCCCGUCUUGGACGAGCUCUGUAACAGAGGCCAGUUCCUGGACAGCGAGGACACCAAAUGCAGCCUCUCCGACGACCAGCACGACAGGUGGUUCUCCGACCUGUCCGACUCGUCCUUCGAUUUCAGAGAGGACGACAGCUGGGACUCGCCGGUGACUGACUACAGGGACCUGAAGAGCGACUCUGUGGCCAAACUCAUCCUGGAGACAGUGCGAGAGGACAGCAAGGAGAAGAGGCGGGAGGGCAAGGCCCGGGACAGGCGGGACCACAGGGACACCCUGUUCAGAAAGAGGGACCGGGACUGUGCGGACAGGGGCGCCGAGAAGAGGCGAGACAGAGGCCCUCCCGGCCACCUCCCUGAGCGGGACAAGAAGAGGCGUGAGUCUGCCGAUGGCGGGCGCGACCGGAAGGACGCCCUAGAGAGCGGCCGGGAGCGGCGGGACGGCCGGGCCAAGGAGGAGGCGCCCCGGGAGGACACGAAGGAGCUCGGCUGUGAGCACGCCUUCAAGGACAAGGCCGACUGCGACUUCGGCAAGGGCCUGGAGCCGUGGGAGAGGCACCACCCAGCAAGAGAGAAGGAGAAGAGGGACAGCCUCGACAGAGACAGGCGGGAGAGGGCCAAGUCGGAGAGGUGCAGGGACAAGUCCGCCGACAGGGACAGGGCCGAGAAGGCUGUUCUGGAGAAGUGUCCGCGGGAGAAAGACUUCGAGAAAUGUUUCAAGGAGAAGAAAGACAGCAAGGAAAAGCAUAAGGAUGCACACGGCAAGGACAGAGAGAGGAAGGCAUCGCUUGACCAGGCCAGAGACAAGAAAGACAAGGGCUUCCCUGGGAUCCUCUCGGAGGACUUCUCCGAAAAGAAAGACGACAGGAAAGGCAAAGAGAAGAGCUGGUACAUCGCGGACAUAUUCACGGACGAGAGCGAGGACGACAAAGACGAUUACCUGACGAGCGGGUUCAAGACAGGGGAGACCAGCGAGCUGCAGAGGCUGGACGGCCUCCCAGAGAGAGAGGAGGGCAGGGCGCUCUAUGCGUCCGAUAGGCACCGGAAGGGCUCCUUGGACAAGCCGCACUCGGAGAGGCAGAGAGAGAAGGACCCCAAGGAGAAGAGGAAGGACAGGAGGGACAGGGCCAUGGACAAGCACAGAGAGAAGAGGGAGAAGGAGCCCGCGGAGAAGUACAGGGACAGGCGGGGGCGCGCGUCCGUCGACUCCGCCCCGGAGAAGAAAGGCAGGCAGAAGGCCCCCGAGAAGGCCGAGAAGAAGCGCUGCGUGGAGGAGAAGGUCAAGGGCAGGUACAAGGAGAGGCCCGACACGGAGCACUGCAGGGAGAGGGGGGCCUCGCGGGGCGCCGAGGCGGAGAAGAGCCUGCUGGAGAGGCUGGAGGAGGAGGCACUGCACGACUUCCGGGAGGACCCCAAUGAUAAGGGCAGCGAGGUCUCCUCCGACAGCUUCACCGACCGGGGCCAGGACCCGGGCCUCAGCGCCCUCCUGGAGGUGUCCUUCUCGGAGCCGCCAGCCGAGGACAGAGCGAAAGAGGGCGGCCUCCCGGAGAGGCUGAAGGAGCGGGAGAGGCUGAGGCACACCUCGUCCUCGUCCAAGAAGAGCCACGACCGGGAGAGGGUCCGGAAGGAGAAGGCCGAGAGGAGAGAGAAGGGCGAUGACAAGGACCUCCCGGGCCCCGACGCCUUCGGGCUCUCCUAUGGCACCAAGGCCGAUGUGGAGGAGGACCCGGACAAAGCCGCCGAGCUGCCCUCUGCCGAGCGGGAGGCUUCCAGGAAGGUAGACAAGGAGCUGAAGCCGUACGGCCCGGGCCCCAGCAGCGCCGCCAAAGAGAAGAGGAGGAGGGAGAAGCACCGCGAGAAGUGGAGGGACGAGAGGGAGAAGCACCGGGACAAGCAUGCCGACGCGGCCCCGCGGCCCCACAAGGACGAGAAGCCUGCGGCCCGAGAGCGGGACGUCCCAGCCAGCUCCUUCAAGGAGAAGGCCGGCGAGGCCAAGCCCGGUGAGGCCAAGGCCAAGGAGAAGCCCAAGGAGGGCGUGGAGAAGGAGAAGGGCGACUCGGCACGGCUCAGCAAUGGUGGCGACCGGGUGCCGCCCAGGGACGUGGGCAGGAAGGACACCAGGCCCCGAGAGAAGCUCCUGGGGGACGGGGACCUGAUGAUGACCAGCUUCGAGCGGAUGCUCUCGCAGAAGGACCUGGAGGUCGAGGAGCGUCACAAGAGGCACAAGGAGCGCAUGAAGCAGAUGGAGAGGAUGCGGCCCCGGGCGGGGGGCCCCGGGCCCAGGGAGCGGGCGAGGCCCGGGGACGAGGGGCGCAAGAAGAGCCUGGAUGCCCCCUCCAAGAAGCCACUGGCACCGGACCUUGCCUGUAAGGACAGGAAGCUCAGGGAGCUGACGCCUGCCCCGCCUGCCGCCGAAGGCAAGCUGGGCGCAGAGCCCAAAGACUGGCCAGCAGGGCCUCCCACCAAGGAGGGACCGCCCACCAAGGACGGGCCUCUCACCAAGGAGGGCCUGCCCGCGUCCCCCCGGCCCACGGGGGUGCCUGCCCCCACGCCGGUGGUGUCCUGCCCCAGCUACGAGGAGGUGAUGCAUACACCCCGCACACCAUCCUGCAGCGCCGACGACUACCCUGACCUCACGUUCGACUGCGCUGACCCCCAGCACUCAGCGCCCCCUGCCGGCACGCCUGCCAGCGCCUGCUCCCCCUCCUUCUUCGACAGGUUCGCCGUGGCGCCCAGCGGGCUCUCCGACACUGCGAGCCACACGCCCGCCAGGCCUCUCUCCACAAGCCUCUACCGCUCGGUCUCCAUGGAUGUCAGGAGGACCCCGGAGGAGGAGCUCAGUGUGGGGGACAAGCUGUUCAGGCAGCAGAGCGUCCCCGCAGCCUCUAGCUUCGGCUCCCCGGGGCAGCACACGGCUGAUGACAAGGCACCUGGGCCCACGCCGCCUGCGGAGAGAUUUGCCUGCUUGUCCCCAGGGUACUGCUCUCCGGACUACGGCCUCCCCUCACCCAGAGUGGAGGCCCUGCACUGCCCGCCUGCAGCUGUGGUCACCGUCACCUCGUCCCCAGAAGGCGUCUUCAGCUUACAGGCAAAAGCCUCCCCUUCUCCCCGCGCUGAGCUGUUGGCCCCCUCCAUGGAAGGAGCCUUGCCCCCCGACCUGGGCCUUCCCCUGGAUGCUGCUGAGGCCCAGCAGGCCACUGCGGCCAUCAUCCCCCCAGAGCCCAGCUACCUGGAGCCCCUGGAGGAAGGCCCGUUCAGCACGGUUAUCACUGAGGAGCCCGCCGAAUGGGCCCACCCUGCCAGCGCCACUGAGCAGGCCCUUCCCGCCAGCCUCAUCGGGAGCACCCCCGAGAACCCUGUCAGCUGGCCCCUGGGCUCAGAGCUCCUGCUUAAGUCCCCACAGCAGUCCCCAGAGCCCCCCGAGCAGCUCUGCCCCACAGAGUCUCUGCACCCCGCCGUCCCGGGGCCCUUCACUCCUGAGCCCCCAUACCCCGUCUCUCCUGUGUCGUACCCUCUGCCGGCCGCCGAGCCAGGCCUGGAGGAGGUCAGGGACGAGGUGGCCGUGACCCCUGCCCUCCCUGUGGCAGAAGCUGCCCCUUGUGCCCCCCCUUCCAGGCUGGAGCCCUUCUUCACCUGCAAGACACUUCCGGACGCGGCCCUGGACGUGGCCCCCGAGCCUGCGUGCGUGACCGCCGUGGCUCCGGUGGAGGCUCUGGGACCCUUAGAGAACACCUUCCUGGACGGUGGCCACAGCCUGGCAGCCCUCGGCCCGGUGGAGCCCGUCCCCUGGCCCGAUGGCUUCACAAGCCCUGAGGACGACCUGGACCUGGGGCCCUUCUCACUGCCCGAGCUUCCACUUCAGACUAAAGAUGUUUCCGAUGUUGAGCCGGAAGCUGUGGAAGAAAGCCCUGUUCCUCCAGAAAAGAUCCCCGCGGGGGCCCCCACAGCCCUAAACGGUGGGGAUGCCUGUGCGGUGGCAGCCGAGGAACAGCCAGCGCUGCUUCCCGAGCAGGUGCCCACCCAGCCGCCCGCUGAGCCCGAGCCCGGGGAGGCACCUAGGUCCGAAGCGGCUCUGGAGGCGGAACUUGAGGCAGACACUGCGGCAGGAGAGACGGCCUCUGAGGCCUUGGACUCCGGCUUGGCACCUGCACCCCCGGACCAGCGCCUGCCGGGGGAUGGGGGCAGCGAGACGGGGGCGGAGGAUCCCGGAGCCCCCUCCCACGAUGUCCCCGAUGGCCCCCCUGCCGACAGCCUGACACAGACACAGGCUGCAGGCAGCACUGGCCCCCAGGGCGGCCCAGGGGUCACCCACGCUGCGGCCCCGGCCGAGGGCUCUCCUGGCGGCAUCCAGCCUGAACUUGCAGAACCAGAACCCAGAGCCGCGGCCGAAGCCCCAAAGGCCCCCAAGGUGGAGGAGGUCCCUCAGCGCAUGACCAGGAACCGUGCCCAGAUGCUGGCCAACCAGAGUAAGCAGGGCACGCCACCUUCCGAGAAGGAGCCCGCGUCCGCGCCGGCCACCAGGGCGAAGGGCCGCGUCUCCGAGGACGACGACGCCCAGGCCCAGCACCCGCGCAAACGCCGCUUCCAGCGCUCCAGCCAGCAGCUGCAGCUGAGCACGUCCACACAGCAGACACGGGAGGUCAUCCAGCAGACGCUGGCCGCCAUCGUGGACGCCAUCAAGCUGGACGACAUCGAGCCCUACCACAGCGACAGGUCCAACCCCUACUUCGAGUACCUGCAGAUCCGGAAGAAGAUCGAGGAGAAGCGCAAGAUCCUCUGCUACAUCCCACCACAGGCCCCACAGUGCUACGCCGAGUACGUCACCUACACCGGCUCCUACCUGCUGGCCGGCAAGCCGCUGAGCAAGCUGCACAUCCCCGUGAUCGCACCCCCCCCUUCCCUGGCGGAGCCCUUGAAGGAGCUGUUCAGGCAGCAGGAGGCCGUCCGGGGAAAGCUGCGUCUGCAGCACAGCAUCGAGCGGGAGAAGCUGAUCGUGUCCUGUGAGCAGGAGAUCCUGCGGGUCCACUGCCGGGCGGCCAGGACCAUCGCCAACCAGGCCGUGCCCUUCAGCGCCUGCACGAUGCUGCUGGACUCGGAGGUCUACAACAUGCCCCUGGAGAGCCAGGGUGACGAGAACAAGUCCGUGCGCGACCGGUUCAACGCCCGCCAGUUCAUCUCCUGGCUGCAGGACGUGGACGACAAGUACGACCGCAUGAAGACGUGUCUCCUGAUGCGGCAGCAGCACGAGGCGGCAGCCCUCAACGCGGUGCAGAGGAUGGAGUGGCAGCUGAAGGUGCAGGAGCUGGACCCCGCGGGGCACAAGUCGCUGUGCGUGAACGAGGUGCCCUCCUUCUACGUGCCCAUGGUCGACGUGAACGAUGACUUCGUGCUGUUGCCGGCGUGACGCAUGGAAGGAGGCCACAGGACACAGACCGGCAGGUCCGCACCAGCUUGGGCCGUGCUGCUCCUGAGCCUCCGCAGCGGAGGGAGCGCCGCGUCCACUGGGCGGGCAGAGACCCCAGGGCUUCGCCUGACCGGACGUCGGGGAGGCAGGUCGCGUCUGGUUCCCGGCGGGGGACGAGGCCCCCAGCUGCAGCGCCUGGCAGUCCGGGUGGGAUGAGGAGACGCGCGGCACAGACACCGCUGCUCCCGUCUCUGAAAACAGAGACCUGUCCUCCCUCCCGGCCGCAGCAGAGGCUUGUCAGGAGCGGCAGAACGGGUGCAUUUGAAAUCCGCUGUUCCGUUCUGAUCAACGCAAGCAAGCAAAACCAAGGAGUCCACCUCACAGUGACCUCAGGCCAAAGGGCAGGCGGUAGCUGCCCAGCCGGGGCCCUCGCAUGAGGUCUUGGGCCAGGCGGGGACGGUGGACGCUGUUCUGAGCGAGGGCUGCCUGCCGGCCGCAGAGGAGCAGAGCCAGGACUCACAGACGGUGUUUUUAACGGAGUCAAAUCCAAGUGGUUUGUAUAUUUUUUUCCUUUAAUCUUGGGCAUUUUGUUUCUCUUUCUGAGAACAUAACUUGAAACACUACAGAGCCAAUAACCGUGUAAGAGCGUACCGUGCUGUACAGUUUUAUACACAUUCACAAUGUACUUUUGCUGCCUUCUAGAUAAUUUAUUUUGCAACACAUUACUGCACAGUUGUAAAUAACUUAUGUACUGUAACAUCACUUUCAGUUAUGUGUAAAGAAAUAAAUAAAUUAAUUACGCGCUCUG